AUGGAUGCUGGAGUACAGGACGAACGCUGUACAAUAAUAGAAGAGAAUCAAAAGCUGAAGGGGACUCUUGCCCAACCAGAGCACAUAACAGGCCUGUCAGACCAGAAUAUUCAGACUACGUUCAAGAAGCUGGCCAGAGAAGUUGAUAACUUUUCGAGGGUAGCGUGGGACAAGCGGAAGCAGUUCCAGUGGCCACUUCCCGAUAUCGUCUUGCAGCGCGACAAUAUUCCCAAAAAGUUAAAGCUGCUUAUUGUUCAGAGUAGCAUCUGGAUUAUUCUCAACGACCGAAUAUUCCGAGCCAAUUCGCAGUAUUGGUGCCGGAGGCAGAGAGCUCUCACAUUGUCUCCAGAUCAUAUCGAUGGAUUCCACGCUUGGCCAGAAGCCGGAGAAGAUUCGGAACAGCGACGAUAUGAACUUGUGAAGAAGUAUUUCCCGGCUACGAACAGGUCACAACAUGGUCCAAGUGGUGAUAGCAGAUGGGAAGAAUACUAUGAACAGUCACUUAGGACUGCUGCUAUUGAUAUUGGUGAUGCCGUGGAGACUGUCACCAAUGUUGAUUUAGUCUGGGCGAAGGAAAUUGUCAAAUUCACAGCAGAGUUUUGGAUGGAUCUUGCUUCUCAGAGAUACCGAGCGAGGUUGUACCUCCCACAGGAGGCCACGAAGGCCCAAGUAGCUCGAAACUGGAGGUCAUCGAACCUGCUAGUCCUUGUCAUCCGUCCUGAAGUUCGACAGAGGGGAGACGCCCAAGGUCAACGACUCAAUCGAGAGCAAGUUGUCCAACGCUGUCAUGGCGAGUGGAACUCCUCAGACAAGUUGUAG